GAUUAGUGCGUCGGACAAAAUGUUUAGUGGCAUUUCUUCCGGCUCUUUACGUUCUGAGCUGAAAUCUCGCCGAAGUCAACUUUGCUUUUCACAUUUCCGGGGUCGAUAAAAAUAAGUAUCAGUUGAACACUGGAGUCGAUUUAAUCAAUUUACCCACUUCCUCUAACAAAUUGCUGGCCUUGUGCCAAAAUUAUAGACCAGUUUUAAUGGCGAGUUCACAGAAUCGUUAGAGCAUCAGGAAACUGCUUAGCAGCAUUUUCUGCGGCUCUUCAUGUUGAUCUGAAAUUCCACCGAGGUCAACUUGCUUAUCAUCUUUUCGGGUUCGAUGAACUAAGUACCAGUUGAACGCUUGGGACAGCUGUAAGCGAUUUAACCCUCCCCUAAAAUUGCUGGCUUUGUACCAACAUUAUUAUGCUUGUUUUCUUUUCUCUCUCGAUAUUUGGAGUAGAAGUGUAUCUAAGAUUUUUGUUACACAAAUUUGGUUUCAUUAAUAGUUUUGUCAUAUAGGAAGUCUUUGACAAGGCAAGUGUUUUUUUUUUUUUAAUGCAUUUACCGGAAAGAGAACAAAAUUGUUUUGGACAUUUGUUCGAUUUCGUUGGUAAUGGUGUCGAACAGUAGAGGCAACGCUUCCCCAAGCAACAAUGAAAAUAGCAUUUCUGCCAUUGCUAAACAAAAUAAUAUCAAGCCUGGACUGCCAAAGUUCUUCCCUGUUGUAAACAUGGAAAGUUUUGCCUUUACAGAAAAAAUAAAGGUGUUUUUUGAAAGUUUCUGAAGUUUUCAUCGAUGACACAAACAACACUGACACACAUACACAAAAGUGUCGUUAAUACAUGGAGUUUGUUUUGCGUAAGCUGCCUCAACUGUUGAAAUAAUAUAUAUGAACUAAUUGAUAUAUAUUUAAAUGUAUCCACUCAUGAGGAUGGGAAUUAAAUGCAGUCUCAAGAAGAAUGGAGGACUGAGAGAUAGCAGAAAACGGGAAAAGAGACGAAGAACCAAAAAGAACAGACAGACAGACCUGCCAUGAAAGUUCUAAAAAACUCAACCAAAAGCUCGAACAGGAACUAUUUGAGUUAUAUGAACUAGAGGAAACUGAGCUGCCCAGUCCGUGGAUGGAGUAGAAAUUAGACAGGUGCUGUACCUCUUCCACCAGGAUCGAGAUUGCUGAUAAAAAGUAAUACCCCAAAACAAAUUUUUAAUGGAUUUUCAAACCACCACAUCUUGUUCAUUUAAUUAACAAUAAUUUUCUUACAAAAAUUAACGGUCAUUAUUGUUACAUUUUGUAAUGAUAAUUAUAAAAAAAAAUCUAUUAAGAAUGAUUAAAUACAGUUAAGAGGAAAAUUGCAUGAACCUGAAUCCCAGAGAUAUACAUACCAACAUACUCUCCUACUAAACGAACAAACAAACUAGAACAACAAAAAAAGCGACCCAAAGAAAAAACAAUUAAUAAUAAUCGUAAAAUAAUACCAAAACUAACAAUGGUUACAAUAACAACCGGAAUAAUAUUUAAAAAAGAAAAGAGGAAGAAAAUAUAACUACACACACACAUUAUAUAUAUAUAUAUAUAUAUAUAUAUAUAUAUAUAUAUGCAUAUGUUUGGUGAUACAUAAAUAGGUUUGCGUUAUAUAGGUUUUCGUUAUAUACACACACAUAUAGACUUAGUUAUACAUAUAAGUAUAAAUAGGUUUAGUGAUAUACAAACACACACACACACACACACAAGAAUGUGAAACAACUAGAUAAAUAUAUAUAAACUAUUAGCAAACGUUUUACUGCCGCCCCUCCCCCAUUUCCUCUCCUACUUUUUGAAUAUCUUUAUUUUCUUUCUUUCUUUCUUACUUUUUUUCCUCUUUAAAUACCAUUUUUGAAGUGAUUCACCAAAGAAUAAGCAAGAUAGGUGAGCUUCUUCCUAAUGAGCAGAGGAAAAAAAAAAACUCUGAUGGAACCCGGUUCUCGUUCGAAAACUGUAGUGGCUGUUUAAUUAAUGCUCUUGAGAAAAGCAUACCCUUCACGACAUCCCAUCUUUAUUUAUUUGAGAAAACAUAAGCAAAAACAAAUUUGGCGGUGUAUCUCUAGUGAAACGAAAUAAGUGGCGUGUGCGGAUGGCUGAUAAGUUUAAAGCUCAUUUACAGUAAGCGGGGAGGUGACCAUCCGUAGUGUAAGUUGUGUAAGAAUUUAGUUAGUGUCGGUGGCGUGGACUUUUCCUCAAGUUGUUAUCUACACUUUUUAUUAUGAUUUUUUAUACUGCAUUACCUCUUGUGGUGAUGUUCCCUUAGUUAAAAAGAAGAAAUAAAAAAACGUAUACAAGUUACGUAAUCUCAAGUUUUUCCCUUCCCUUACUUUCCCUUUAAAAUAUAUAGCGCCCGUAUCUAGUGAACCGAAAUCUGAUCUGAACUACUGCGAAGAGGUGCGGGGGGAGAUGCCCCUCUCUCUUUCUCUCUCUCUCUCUCUCUCACUUCACCGUUCUGUAAGAGAGGCGUAUAUGUAAUUGAGCUAUCGGUAAACCGAGUCGCUGAUGUGAUGUGAUGCGACUCGUAAACAUUAUGAUUUCUUCAUUUCGGUUUCCCCUCGCGUUACGCCGCCCUGCUAAUUGAGCAAUUACCUCUUGUUGGGAAAGCAUGAACGUGACAGCAUCCAAAUAAUUUUUUUCCCUUCUGCUUAUCAAACAAGGAUGAGGCUUUUUAAGCUCUGUUAACAUUUAAGAAACAAAACAAAAAUAGUAAUAACGGACAUUGAGGAAACGCGUAUGAAUUUCUUUUCCAUUAAUUAUCAAACAGUUUUUUUUUUUUAAAUAGCUUUACAGACAACAUACGCACAGAUAAUUACAGCGCGGCAGGCACAUAUUAAACCAUCAAAAAAAAAAAAAAAAAGAAAAAAACCAACAAAAAUCAUGACUUCAUUUAAACAUUAUUUAGUGUCAAAAUUUUCGUCACACCAACUACAACCUGGUCACUGACGCGAUUCCACUACAUUGCGGUUUUUCAGAUCAUAUCACUUUGCCUGGCAAGUACACUUCCAACACACACACACACAGAGAACAGAAAUUAGGCAAGUUAAUACCAAUCGGUGAUAGUAAAAAAAAAAAAGAAAAAACAAAAACAAAAAACACAAGCACACACAUACACACAUCACCACCACCAACAAAGGAAACAUACCUUCGAAACAAACUUUUUAUAUAUAUAUAUAUAUGCUUUUAAGGUUCCCUGUUUCUGUCUCUUAUGUCGUUUUUAAUGUUUAACUUUCCCGCCCCUCUCCAUGCUGCAGCAUCCAAACAUGCUUGGGAAAUAUCCACAUUUCGCACAGCACAACUCUCCAGUCACGCCGUUUGCAGGUUUUGCACUUGUCAUUGUGAAAACACCAGUAAACAUAGUAAUAAUAGUAAUAUUAAUAAUAACGAUAAUAGUUUCUGCAACUACUACUACUACCACUACUGCCAUUAGAAAGUUGGACGAAGACAGCGAAAUUAGUGAAAGUAUCACCGACGCAAGCUGUAGAAGACGAAGGAAAUCGACAACAAAACUAACAACGAAAGCAUUGAAAACAACAACAACAACAACAACGAUAACCGGAAUAACAACAACAACAACGAGAAAGACAGCAGCAGCAGCAGCAGCAGCAAUUUCAUUCAGACAAACAGCACCAACAUUAUCAGGAGCAGCACUAUCGUUAUCAGCAAUAGCGGUGGCAUCUUCUGCAGUAACGACAGCGGUAGCAACAGAAACAUCUGAAACAGCAGCAGUAAUAAUAGUAACAGCAGCAGCAGCGGCAGCAGUAGAAGCGACAAAGUCAGCCGCCACAGCAACACCUGCAGUGGUAUCAUCAUCACCAUCGAAGAAAAUAGCAGCGACUGCCGGUUGGGAGACGACGGUAUCAGAGCAGCUUAGUGACGGCAGUAGAAACUGCUGUGUAGCUGCACGAGCAGCAGCAGCGGCGGCAGUGGAAUUGCAGUAGUAUUCUUAAACACCGGUUUCAACAACAACAACCACAACCACAACAACAACAGCAGCAGCAGCAAGUAGUAGAGUAGCGAGGAAGCAGUAGAAAGAGUAGCGGUAUUGGUGUUCAAGAUGGCGGACCUGGAGAGUAGUCUGACCGCGAUGGACUGGCUACCGCGUCUUAGUGUGGGAGGGGCCAUGACGGGAACAGGAGUCGGGGGUGCAACCGCCGGAAAUGCUGGCGCCGGUUGCAUUACUAACAACGGUGGGGCCCUUAUGAGGACAGUGGACAGCCAGAUGGGGCUUCAAAAGUCGGCCGUGUCGGCUUAUCAACACCAUCACACCCACCACAACCCUCCACCACCGCCACCGCCUCCUCACCUAAAUAACAACACGCCGGGAGGCGGCGGUGGAGGCGGGGGCGGUGGUGGCGGCGGCGGCGGCACCACGGACGGUGGCGGCGGUGGCGCCGGCGGUGGAUGUCCGCCGCUCUCGCAACCGCCGCAUCCUCAUAGCAUUAACAACGGCAACCACCAUCACAACAGCAACAACAAUCACCACAACAACCACACUAACAACAACAACAGCCAACAACACAACAACUCUAGCAACCACCACCACAACAACAAUCCACACCUCCCCCACCAUCAGCAACAGCAAGCACAACACCACCAUCUACAACAACAGCACCAUCAACCACCACCACUACCACCACCACCACCACAACAACAACACCAUCACCCCCACGCCGCCAGAGACGGCAAACCGCCCUAUAGUUAUGCCAGUUUGAUAACAUUUGCAAUAAACAGCUCCCCGAGGAAAAAAAUGACUUUGAGUGAGAUUUAUCAAUGGAUAUGUGAUAACUUCCCUUAUUACCGGGAUGCUGGGAACGGAUGGAAGAAUUCUAUAAGACAUAAUCUGUCAUUGAAUAAAUGUUUCUUAAAAGUGCCACGGUCUAAAGAUGAUCCUGGGAAGGGAUCAUAUUGGGCUAUUGACAAUAAUCCAUCAGAUGACCCGGUUCCAUCUCGGCAGAAAAGAAGGCGACUCAAUGAAAGAGCAUCUCCAUACAGUCCAGAACCAACAAUGAACAGUCAUCAAAUGAACUCUCCAACACUGAAUGCAAUUAAUAUGCAUCCAGCCACAACCCAGGGUAACCAGGUAGCUUCAUUACCAUUCAUGGAAGAAAACUCACCGCCAGAAAAUUUGAGUGCAUCAUUCCGCAGCUUAUAUAAAUCUGUUUUUGAACAACAUAAUAAUGGUAAGUACUUUUAAUGUUACCGUUUCUGGCACCAGUGGAACUGACUGCUG